AUGGCUGCAUUUUCAACAUUCAACCUAAUCACUUUCGGAGGGUUUGUAAUAUUCUCUCUGGUAGGCAUUAAUAUUUCGAAUAAGUAUGUAUAUGGAAAUUCUUAUUUUAGUUAAUUGUAUAUUGAAAUCUUAAAGGUAUUAUUGGUGACAGCCAUAGUGAUGCUUAUUCAUUAACUAUACUUGUUAAGAAAGACUACUUCUUCAGUUGUUAACAAACCCAACCAAAAGCAAAUUAAUUUUAAUGCGUUUAAAGGGAAUAUUAGAAAUGAUGUAAUAUAGCCGAAUUACUUUAGAAGUAGAAUUUAAAUUUAGUUAGGUGACUAAUCGGAAUUAAUGUAACCAUAAUCAGGAUAGAUGGAUGAAUAGAGCCAAAAGGAGAAGCAAAGAAUUUUGGACAAGGAAUAGAGAAAAAAUAAUAUGAAGAAUUGUACUAAAUUGAAUUGUUAUGAGUUUAGAUUUUAAUUAAGACAAAGAAUUGCAAGAGGGUUUGAAAUAAUUUUAAGCUGGGUCACUGAGAUAAUUUUACGGGGAUGAUUCUAGUCAAAUUCAAUAAACUUCAUAUUAAGCUCCAGUUCAAUUAUUUGGUCGAAGUGGUUUUUGUAAAUAUUGUAUUAACGAUAAGAUAAUGAAAUUUAGAAGAAGAACAAGGAAACUGAAAAGUUAUUAUUGAGACUAGUAAAGAAAAUCGGAGAUGCUCAUUUGAAAGUUGAAGAACUAUUUUUUACUUAAUUCAUUCCAACCUUUGUUAAUGAAUAUUAAGAUCAUCUAAUAAAUGUUAAUAGAAUGAUGAAAGAACAUUUCCAAUAGAAGAUAAUAGAGAUAGAUAUAUUUUUUGCCAAUAAACCCUUUGAUAUUAAUUCAAAUAAACAUGAGAAAUCGAUUGGUCUCAAGAGCAUCACCAUAGAAGAUGUUCUAUAUUUCAAGAACUAAAUUAAGACAAAAUCACGAGAGCCUGUCAAAGCACCUGUUGAUGUUGAUAAAUUUGCUAGGGACAAGGUAGAGUUCAUAAGAGAAUGCGAUCUUUUGGAAUUAUAUAACAACAUCCUAGAUUUGACAUUGCUUAAUAGAAAUAUCACUGUUGACAAGAAGUACUUGUUAUUAAAACUAUUGACUUUUACUGAGAGUAGAGGGAAACCUUAAUAUUAGACUGAUGGUUUAAUGUAGAGGGUGUCUAGUGAUUAUGAAGUAAUUAAUUUAAUAAUACUUUAGAUACUCUUUACUGUAUUCAUAAAUACAAUUAUGAAGUGUGUUAAUUAUGAGAAUCAAAAGUUCUCUAAAUUCAAUGCAAAUGAUGGUAGUGAGAGUACUUUGAAAACCAUAAGUGUAAGCAUUAUUUCUUUGGAGUCUUUUGAUUUGAAGGAAUAGAAGAUUGAUUAAUAGAGCAGGAAUUUUGUUAUUUCAUAGAAGUUGGAAUAGUUGGAUCAGGAACCACAAUUUCACUUUUACAGUGAUCAUAUUGUAAGGAUGUUAAGAAAACAAAAGGAUUUAGAGAGUAAAAAGUUGAAUGAAUUUAUUUUGUAUACUUCGAGAGUAAAAUCAACAUUAAUAAUAGGACUCUAAUUCAUUGAAUGGCUUCGUAUUCUAUUAUUUACUGCAUCUUUUAUGUCUUCCUAAAUCGCACUGGUAGCAAUUGCAACAGAUUGAAAUGGAGUAAAGAAUGAUUAAGUGCUUGAUAAGAAUGGCAAAGGAUCUAUCAUUUUUAGUGACGAAUCUUUGA